AAAUUCUCAAGAAUGCAGAGUAUAAAUUUUAAUUACUAUAUUAAUAAUUGUAUAGUUUUAAGUUUUAACAUAAGUUCAAUUUGAGGUCAUCAUUAAACUUAAAUUAAUUAUAGAAGACGAAGUCAAUUAUUCGAAUGUGUCUUUGUCUUCCUGGUGUAGAUCGUCGAUGCAAUGGCAGCAGCCUCUAAUGCGUCCGUAGAACAGGUUCGAACGAUUUUGAAUGAAGUGAUAGACUGUCUGGAAUCUCCAGAUUACGCAUCUAAAUUGGACGAGGCCAAAGAAGCAGCUGGAAAUGAAAUGCUUAAAAUGAUGCAACUCGUAUUCCCAAUGGUUGUUCAGAUUGAAAUUGAAACUAUCAAACGACAUGGUUUCAGUGCUUCUCGAGAAGGUAUAGUACAGUUCACACAGCUGGUGCGUGAAAUGGAAGUUAUGGACAAUGAAAUAGCUCGGCUUCACAGCAGAAUCCGGAGCCACUAUUUACCGCCCGUCUCCAUCAGUUCCACAGUUGACACAUCACUGUGAAUAAUUAAGUGAGUAUUGCCAUGUAAUAAAAAAAUUAAGAUUGAGGGAAAAUUAAAAAAAAAUUAGCUAAUGUAUUAGUGUAAGUAAUUAUAUUGUAUGUUUCAUUAAAUAAUAUAAUGAACAUUAAGUUUAUUCUACAAACAAUUUUUGUGUAUGUAAAAUUAUUAUAUAAUUUAAUCCUAUAGAAUAAAAUCCAUGUUUAUUUUUAAA